GAAGCGCUUUCAAAUUCACGAACUCCGUCUCCUUCCCGUUCUCUGGAAACUGCAACAAUCUUCGACAAAAUUGAAUACCAAGAGAAGGGAUUUUCUACAGAGAGAUUUGUUUUGGACUUAAUUAUAUAUAAACUUGAGUGAGAGAUAAAUAUGAGAGGGAGGAAGUAGCGUAACUGGUGAACGACGAAUUAGGGUUCUAUUAUCGCCGUGAUAACCUGUGUCUCGCCAAUUCCUGUUUAUCUUUGCCUAAUCGAACUCGCGUUGCUCUGAUUCGAGCAUUGGUUUCUAGGGUUUGAUCAUUUGUUCGGUGACCCGGGAAAACUGUAAACUUGAUUUCUUCAGUAAACUUGAUUUCUUCAGUGAAGGUCAAAAACUGCUUUUUUAGAGAAUGGAAGAAUCAGCAGGAGCUGAUGAAGGUUUAGAAUUUAAGUGGGGUAAAAAGAGAGGAGUUGGUGGAACAAAUAAAGAGGUCCAAUUCUAUGAAUCUUUCACCUUUGACGGUGAUGAUUACUGUCUUUAUGACUGUGUCUUAGUAGGCGAUGCCAAUGAACCAGAGGGUGAACCCUUUGUUGGCAAGAUCAUAAAAAUUUGGGAACACACUAAUAAGCGUUUUAAAAACCCAAGGAAAGUCAAGAUUCUCUGGUUUAUUAAACCUUCUGAGAUAUCUCCUGAUGUACUUAAAGGGGUCCCGGAUCUACUUCCAAACGAGCUGUUUUUGGCAUCGGGUGAAGGUGUCGGCGUCGCUAAUGUCAACAAAUUGGAAGCAAUUUGGGGAAAAUGCUCUGUUCUAUGCAUUUCAAAGGACAAGAGAAAUCCACAACCCGCGGAUGAAAAAAUCAAGUCAGCGGACUUCGUAUUUCGCCGAGCAUUUGAUGUUGGAAGUCUCAAAUUCUUGAAUACGAUAGAUGAUAAAAUUGCUGGAGUUGAUGUGAAAUUUAUCUUCAACAGAGCGGGUAGUAAGAAAGAAGAAACUGCUGUGCAGAAAAUUGAAGCAGAUAGAAAUGGAAAUCUAGAUAGUCUGAAACCAAAUGGUCUUCCAGCUUGUGGCUCAGUUAGGAAGACUGAAGAUAACUCUAUUGAAUCUUCUGACUGUAGAGGAAGCAGUUAUGACCGUAAAGAAGGGAAAGAAAAAGGUCUCAUUCAACUGGCUACGAAAGAAUCUACACUUGCAGAAGAAAAGUCUAAUAAGGAUUCUGGUGUGCAGGAAGGCACGGCCCAUAAAGAACGUGACUCUUGUGAAGCUUCUGGGUCAAUGGGAAAUCAUUGUGAUGGCAAAGCCCAAGAUAGUGAAGUUAAAAAACAAUUUACUAAACAAAAAUCUAUGCCUCCAGAGGAAAGAUAUAGUAACACUUGUGAAGCUUCUGGCUCCAGUGUCAAUCAUUCCAAUGCCAAGAAAGCUCAAGUAAAUGAUGUCAGAAAACAGUUGACCAAACAAAAAUCUAUGCCCGCUGAAGAAAGAUAUAGUAGAGAGUCGAAUGACAGGCCUCAAAAGAAACAGAAACUAGAUGGUUGUGUUACAGUACCAGAUGGACGAAAUACAAACAUGAUGCAGAAUACUAGCUCUGCUGGUAAAGGAGAUAGAGAAUCUUUCAAGAGACCUAGAGACAAAGUGACAGGAGAUGGAGUCUCUCCCGAGAAGCCCAGUUUCGUUAAGAAGAAGCGAGACCUGGGGGUGUCAGUUUCUGAAGGAAAAGAUGCAAAUAUUGCAACUGAAAAAGUUUUAUCCAAGAAACCCAGCUUUGAUGGUAGGCUAUUAAAACGUGCUGAGGACAACAUGUUGGCAGAUGAUUACAAAAGAAAUUAUCAAGUAAUUGAAGUGAGCCGAAAGCCGGAAGCUGUAAACAGCAAAUGGUUUCGACCUCUUCCUUGGGAAGAAAGUAUGAGGGAAGCAGAAAAGGAAGCGAGACUGGUUCUCCUUCAAAACUUGGAUCCUACUUUUACAUCUGAUGAAGUGCAGGACAUAGUUUAUUCUGCUUUGAAUGAGCAAUGUACAGCGAGGAUAAUAGAGCGUACAUCAGUCAUUAUUUCUCAUUUUGGUCAAGCUUUGGUCAUAUUCAAUUCAAGAGAAGCUGCACAAAGAGCGAUUGUAAGACUAGAUGAGGGAUGCUUGUUGCUAUCAAAUGGAAGGCCCCUUGUUGCUGCGUUUGCUAAGAUUAAUCCUCCAGGGAAGCCGCCAUCAUUCUGCGGCCAUAUCAAACCACUCAAAACUCAAAUGCGACGAGAGACGAGAGAUACCGUGGCUACAUCGCAUUGUUCUCAGCCGAACACCCUUGAAUAUGAAAUGGCAAUGGAAUGGUGCUUGCACCAAGCCAAAUCCGACCACGCGCUUAAAGCGGUAUCUAAGCGGCAACUGGAGGAGAGAAAAUCGCUGCGGAUUAACUUCAAGCCUAAACUUCCUUAGCUUCACAGAAUCAUCUCGUCUUUUCUUGCACGGAAACAACACCAACUUUACAUUAGAACACAGGCUCUCUUUAAGACAGUGACUGGUGAAUUUUUGCUAUCGUACGAAGAAUGUCAUGCCAUCGAAUCCACCCAACUUUGGCACGGAGAAUGCUGAUGCGGCUUCUGGUCAGCAAUCGGACGACCAUUUGUAUAGAUAGUUUUAAGAAGGUUAAUUGUAAGUUGUAAAUUCAUUUUUGGCGACUGGUAGGGUUUUUAUAUUUUUUUUUUAAUUAGAGUUUAGUUUUUUUUUAUUGUUAAAAACAUAUACAGACAAAAAAUCCGUUCACAAAAAUAUUUUAAA